UCCCCUCCUUCCUCACCAGUCCCCACCGCCGCCACGAACUCCUGCUCCGACACGAACUCUGCUCAAGCCCGCCCCCAUGGUUCCCGUCAUCGGCAUGGACUCUUUGCCCGUUCCGCAAGCCGCAAAAGGACUCGAGUCCCUCGAUCCAAAUCCCAGAUCAGACCGGGUCGCGGCGGCGCCACGACAGGUUGCCGGCCUGCUGUCCUCCUCACGGGACAAGCUGCGUUCGCGGUGCGCUCUCGCUGCCUGCCGGCUUCGACGGCGUGGGCCGUGGCGCCGCUCUUCCGCAGAUCAGCAAUCGAGUCGUGCUUCCAAUCUGCCGUCUCCCCUCGACGUCCACGGCCCUGUACUCUGCCGUGUUCUCCCCUAGCGCAGGCUGAGGGGCGCUACGCCGCUAUCUGCCGGCUCCUCAUACAAGAGCGAUGGACGGCAAACUGAGCCCUGUGGGAAACAAUUGCAUCAGCUCAGCGACGUCCAGCGUAUCUCCUCUCCAUGUUUCUUUGCACGCCUCAUCUCCAAGCACGAAGCCACGACGAGAUGGUCUGGUCUUGGUACUAUGUUGAUAGCGAGGGUGCAAGGCUCAAGGGAAGCAGCCGGUUCUGUAGUUCUUUGUGUGCUUAUGGUAUCUUGGAUGAGGGUUACAAAUUCAACAUGUCAGUUGAGGAAGCUGCUGAGUUAGCAUGGCGGGCUUUUAUCACGCAAUAUUCUGUGACAGAGCUAGUGGUGGCUGUGUUCCUGGUGGUUGAUGAUUGUGAGGUUAUCAGCGUUCUCCUGCAAACUGAAUUAGUUCCUCUGUGCUUGCGUACCAUGGAGAUGGGCAGUGAGCUAUCAACAUUGCUGUCCUGGCUGUGCUUCUUCCUUCUGGGCUUGGCAGACCAGUUUUUAUCCGGAAGAAAGGCCUUUAGCGUGCGUUUGGAUCUGAAGAAACAAAGCAAGAUAUGGCUGUCAUUCCUCCUAACUUGGCUAGUUACUAGUAUCUCCUUGAUCCUUUGAUAAGAUGAGCUGAACAUAUUCAAGGUUUCUAGCGGGAAUCACUUCUUCGUGGCCAUUCUGGUGAUAAUGGUUGUACUCCAGGUAAAAAAACAAAUACUAUAAUUCUUCUAUUCCACAUAUGUAGUAGUUUCGGUUAUUGUUAAAUGUUGUUUCCUUUGUAUAUAUGCAAGCUCUUAUCCUCGAGUUUCCUUGGCAAGUUAACUAAAACAAUCAUGUUAAGCUGGCACCUAUGGUUGGUGCUGAUGGGAGUUGCUCGUUUAGGUGCUGAUGGUCCAAGAAUUGUAAAGAUGAGGCAGGGGAACCUUAUUUGUGUGGUGGAUGCAAUUAUGUUAUGAGGUCAAUUUGUAACUUAUUAUACUACAGUUAUGGACCAAGCCAUGAAUCAGAACCAAAAUUCAGGAUUGGUGAGAAGAAACGUGAACUUGUAAUGUUUUUAGUACCCUAAUCUUGACUUGUUGCUGAUGGACGACAAUGUUCAAGCUCGGCACAUACUGUUGAACAGCUAAAAUUAUUGGAUCUCAAGACACCUGCAAAUUAUGCAGUUGGAAGAAAGUUCAGAGAUGUGUCGAGUCUUGGCAUUCCCAAGUAAUCAUUGGUGUUACACUGC